CCGGAAACGGACAGCUGUGCCACGGCUGUAACCUGUGGUGCAGUUGUUAGCGCAUAACACUUCACACUGUUGCGCUUUGCAAAGCAAGAGGUUCAACAAUGUCUCUCUCUGUGAUACUUGGACUGAUGCUCUGCAUUGAAGCACCAGGGUCCAGCGCAGUGACUCAUGUGUUUGUGCAGAAGGGAAAAGAUGUACUUCUAGAAGUCACGGAAGCUGAUGUUCUUCAGAAAGAUUUAAUUCUCCUAUGGAGAUUCAAACAAAGGGACAUUUUAGUACGAUUUUUUCCAGGAACUGAACCAACGGUCUCUAAACUUUACACCGGAAGGCUUGAGUUCUCUCCAAAAAAAUACUCAGUGAAACUGAAGAAUCUACAAGAUGACGACAGUGGAGUUUAUACAGCACGAGUGACAGGGAGUAAAGAACAGACAGUAACUAAAUACAUGGUCACAGUUCAAGGUCCAGUGUCUCCAGUUGAUCUGAAUCCAGACUCUGUGUCCAUCAGCUCAGACUCCUGUAACCUCACUGUGACCUGCAGCACUGAGGACUCACACAUCAGCAGCACUUUCACAUGUGACACCAAAACCUGCUCUCAGGAGGGAGGAGACCAAUCAAAGGUCACCAACUCUGGUGCUUCCCUCCGUGUCCACCUGUUGAAUGAUACAAUCAUCUGUAACCAUAGCAACCAAGUCAGCUGGACUCAGAAGAAUAUGACACAGAUUCAGGAUCUCUGUCCCCUACAUGCUGGUCUCUCUGAUGGUGUCUCCAUCUGUCUGGUGAAGACAGUCGUGUUCUCUGUUGGUCUGAUCAUCAUGGUGUCUGCUGUCAUCAGUGUCCACCUCAUGGAGAAGAUCAGGAAACAAAAUAAACAGUUCUCCUCUAAUCAAAUGAACAUAGAGCUCAAUCUCUUGUAGUGAACAUCUUAAAGUUGCCUGUGGAUUUUUUUCUCUUACAGCCAGUGGCGUCUUUCCAUCAUUGAGCCACCAGAGGGCGCUGCUGUGUAGGGAGGAUCACAGCAGUAUGUUAGAGAGAGUCUGGUCAACUACGGAAUGGACCGUCUGAGCUAUCCCGCUAUGCUGAUAGGAUCUGAGCUUGUCACUUAUGUCAUGGGCGCCAUGUUUGCUACAUCUAACCAAAAUUCAAAAAACUACCCCCCAAAAAUAUAUUUAUUGGCCCAUUUUUCUGAAAGCAGGCUUAACAAGCUCAGAACCAGCCUCAGAACAAGUCCAGCUCGGGCCUUUCUUGGUUGAGUUUGCAUGUUCUCCCUGUGUCUGCGUGGGUUUU